AUGAGUAAAACUCGACGUACGGGACAAUCUAACCUCGAAACUGAGAUGGCAGAAGAGGAUCCAAACAAGACGGGGUACAACUGUGCGCGUUGCUCUCGUCCGGAUCAUGCCGAAAGUAAGAUGGUGUUUUGCGAUCAAUGUGAGAGCUGGUACCACUACGGUUGUGUCGGUGUGUCAUCACCGGUAAAAGAUGAUGAUGAUUGGAUGUGCCCUGACUGUCGUAAAUCUGGUGACGAAAUAAGAUCAGAGGGUGCCAGUGUUGGACAGAAUGCUAGUGUCGGUACUGAAGUGACGGAUCCCGAUCAGGAAGAUCAAGAGAUGGCAGUAGCCAUGAAAGCGAUAGAGCUGGAGAGGGAACGUAUGAAGAAACGACAGACGCAGAAAUUGAAAUAUGCCCAAAUGCAGCUAGAGCUGGAAAAAGAGAAACUUGAGAUGCAAUGGUACACUGAGAAGAAGAUCCUGGAAAUGAAAAUUAAGGCGCAAGCGGAAUUCAACCACAAGAGAGAUGCCGAGCGCAAGAAGUUGCAGCAGGAAUAUGAUCAGCUAAUCAGAGAAGGGUCCCGAGAAGAAAAAAAGGUGCAGCGGGAGAAGAAUGUGAAGAAAAACGUAGCUGUCGAAAAGAAAGAGGAAUUAAUAAGUACUGAAGAGUUUUACGAUGGCAACGUUAGCAAUUCAACUCCGGUCAUGCAAGCUGGACCUUCAGGAGUAAAAGGCGUUCAGGCAUCUAUUGUAAAGCAGUCAGACGCCAACGCGCACAGCGAAGACAGCAGCGGUUCUGAGUACGAAUCAGAGGGAGAAAAAGAAAUUAGAAAUAAAUCCGAAAAUGUCAUUAGAAGUGGACCAUCGAAAGCGCAGUUGUCAGCUCGACAGUUUUUGUCCCGAAAACUUCCACCGUUCUCUGGCCGACCAGAAGAGUGGCCUCUGUUUUUCAGUAGCUAUCAGACGUCGACGGAUGCAUGCGGAUUUUCAAAUCUAGAAAAUUUGGCCCGUCUUCAGGAGAGUUUGAAGGGAGCAGCGAGAGAUGUGGUUAGUAGUCGUCUUCUACUACCAGACGCGGUGCCUCAAGUCAUGGAAAUGCUUCGUAUGUUGUACGGACGGCCGGAGCAGCUUCUAGACUCUCUUUUGCUGAAAGUGCGUAAGGCUGAUCCGCCAAAGUCUGAAAAAUUAGCAUCGUUUAUCACGUUUGGAGUGAUUGUUCAGCAGCUCUGCGAUCACCUCGAAUCGACGAACUUGGAAGACCAUUUGGUGAACCCUAUGCUCAUCCGGGAAUUGGUGGAAAAAUUGCCAGCGGGUACGAAAAUCGACUGGAUACGGUACAAGCGGCAAGCGACGAAAGUGACGUUGCGAACAUUAGCAGAUUUCCUAUCAGAUUUAGUAUCUGCUGCGAGCGAAGUGGUAAAUUACGUUGAUACGUCUCAAGUAAGUGGUAGUCGAGUUGAUAAAAUAAAGAACAAGAGUAAGGAACAGGAGAGUUACGUCCAUGCACAUAGUGGAUUCGAUGGUGCCGUUGUGAACAAGACGCAGGGUCGAACACCUUGCGUGAUGUGUGGGCAGACAAAUCAUCGUCUGCGGAACUGUGAGAACUUUCGCCUACUUAGCGUACCACAGCGGUGGGAGGCGGUGAAGAAAUGGGAAUUGUGUCAAAUCUGUCUCAACGCCCACGGUAAAGCGAAGUGCAAACUUAAUAUUCGUUGCACAAUAGGAAAUUGUUCGAAGCUCCACAACAGUCUGCUUCAUUCUGCUGAGAUCCAAUCGAGCUGUAAUACUCACAGUGACUUCUCCAAGGAUUCGAUUUUGUUCAGAAUGGUGCCGGUUAGAAUUUUUAACGGUGACGUAAGCGUUACAACAAUAGCAUUUCUAGAUGAGGGGUCAUCGUAUUCACUGGUAGACAGUUCGUUGACCAGAAAACUAAAGUGCAGCGGACCAACUCAGCCGCUCCGCGUCACGUGGACAGCUGGAGUCUCCAGAUUGGAAAAAUAUUCUCAGAGACUACAGUUGACAAUCGCGGCUCGCGACUCGAACGAAAAGUUCGUGCUUCGGGAUGUACACAGCGUGAACAAUCUGAAGCUGCCAACGCAGUCCAUGAAUUUCACUGACGUAGCCGGAAAGUAUCGGCACUUGAAGGGGUUGCCUGUAACCGAUUAUGCUUUGUCAACACCGAUGCUCCUGAUCGGGCUUAAACAUAUUGAGUUUUUCGCACCAAUAGAAUCGCGUAUCGGUCAACCAGGCGAACCGAUCGCGGUUCGUUCGAAACUAGGCUGGACAGUUUACGGACCACAAGGGACAAAUCGCGAAGCAGGUUUUGUGGGACAACAUUCGUGUAUAGGGUUAUCAAAUGAAGAGUUGCACGAUCUUCUUAAAUCGCAGUACGCCCUCGACGAAAAAGGGGGUUCAGUUAAAAUAAUGCCAGAAUCUGAAGAAGACAGAAAGGCUCGAGAAAUUUUGGAGAAACGAACAGUUCGGGUCGGCGAUCGCUUCGAGACCGGACUGCUCUGGAAUGAAGAGAACCCUACAUUUCCAGAUAGUUUGCCAAUGGCACUGCGGCGCAUGAAAAGUUUGGAGAAGAAAUUAUCGAUGAAUCCAGAACUGGAAGAGGCAGUAAGGCAGCAGAUAGUUCAGUAUCAGGUGAAAGGCUACUGUCACAAAGCAACGAAGGAGGAAUUAAUCUCAACAAAACCAGAAAAUGUGUGGUACCUACCGUUGAACGUCGUCCUCAACCCAAAGAAACCGGGAAAAGUUCGGCUGGUAUGGGAUGCGGCAGCAGAAGUGAAAGGAGUCUCACUCAAUUCCAUGCUCCUGAAAGGACCGGACUACUUAACCUCCUUACCUUCAGUAAUAAACAAAUUCCGGGAACAUCGCGUCGGAUUUGGAGGUGACAUCCGCGAGAUGUUUCACCAGCUUCAAAUACGAUCGGAGGAUAAACAAGCUCAGCGGUUCGUGUUCGAAAAUGAAGUUUACGUAAUGGACUGCGCCAUUUUCGGAGCCAGUUGUUCUCCAAGUGCAGCAAUGUACGUAAAGGAUAGAAAUGCUCGAGACUUUUGUGAACAGUUCCCAGAGGCUUCUGACGCAAUUAUUAACAGACAUUACGUGGAUGACUAUUUCGAUAGUAGCGACACCGUCGAAGAAGCGGUUCAGCGAGCGAGUGAGGUGAAAUUGAUCCAUUCCAAGGGCGGUUUCGAGAUCAGGAACUGGGUAUCAAACUCCCCAGCUUUCCUGGAGCAGAUGGGUGAAAAGGAGAAGAAUCAGGCAAUCCUCCUGGAUUCAGCCAAUCCCGAACGGGUGUUGGGGAUAGUAUGGAACACGACAGAUGAUGCUUUCACGUUCACCACCAAGAUGCAGGAUAAAUUGAUGCCGUACUUGUACGACGGAAAGGUACCAACGAAACGUGUUGUGCUUAGCUGCAUCAUGAGCCUCUUUGAUCCACUAGGACUACUGACACCGUUCACAUGUUUCGCAAAGGUGCUGAUUCAACUUCUUUGGAGAAUGGGUUGUGAAUGGGAUCAGGACAUCGAAGGAGAAGCGCUGGAAGAAUGGAGGCAAUGGACGAGACACUUGGGUGUUGUGGAGUCGGUGAAGAUCCCGCGACAUUACUUCGGCGACGCUUUGUCUCUUGAUUACUCGUCGUUGCAACUGCAUAUUUUCGCAGAUGCCAGCGAAAAGGCUUACGGCUGCGUCGGAUAUUUUAGAAUCAUGGCUGGGGGAAUUCCUCGGUGUACGAUGGUGCAAGCGAAAGCAAAGGUGGCACCACUGAAGCAGGUAUCGAUCCCACGAUUGGAGUUAAUGGCGGCCGUGCUUGGUUGUCGAUUAGCUGACACUAUAAGAGAGAAUCACAGCUUGACAGUGAAGCAAGUGUUCUACUGGACGGAUUCGCGCACCGUCCAUUCUUGGAUAGUUUCCGAUCAACGGAAAUAUAAGGCAUUUGUAGCGUUCCGGAUCGGAGAAAUCAUCAGUCGGUCGCAGCCAUCGGAAUGGCGAUGGGUGCCAACCAAGGUAAAUGUUGCGGACCAGCUAACCAAAUGGAAUAAAGGGCCACAGCUCGGUUCGGAUAGUUCUUGGUUCUAA